CGCAGAGCACGCAUCACGCCGUGUUCGUCGUCCCCCCCUCGAAGACCUCGCCGUCGUUCGAUCGAACGCGCACAGCCACCAUGGCGUCCCAGACGAUCUCCAUGUCCGCGACCGCGCGCGUCGCCGCGCGCGCGUCCCUGAGAUCCUCGCGCGACACGUCGCGGAUCGCGCGCCUGCCCAAGUCCGCCGCGCGCCGCGCCGCGUCCUCCGCUCGCCUCGCCGUCCGCGCCGCGGGCGCGGCGGUGGACCAGGAGACCGGCAUCAAGAAGAUGCGCGAGGGGAUCAAGGAGGCCGCGGACGAGAACCUCCUCACGCCGCGCUUCUACACCACGGACUUUGACGAGAUGGAACAGCUCUUCUCGACGGAGAUCAACCCCAACCUCGACGAGGCGGAGCUCGUGGCGAUCCUCCAGGAGUUCCGCGAGGACUUCAACCAGAAGCACUUCGUGCGCAACGACUCGUUCAAGAAGGCGGCCGACGGCAUCACGGGCGAAUCGCGGCGGAUCUUCAUCGAGUUCCUCGAGCGAUCGUGCACGGCGGAGUUCAGCGGCUUCCUCCUCUACAAAGAGCUCGGGAGACGCCUCAAGAAGACGGCGCCUGUCUGCGCGGAGAUCUUCACGCUCAUGUCGCGCGACGAGGCGAGGCACGCGGGGUUCCUGAACAAGGCGAUGAGCGACUUCAACCUCGCGCUCGACCUCGGCUUCCUCACGAAGAACCGUCAGUACACCUUCUUCAAGCCCAAGUUUAUCAUCUACGCGACGUACCUCAGCGAAAAGAUCGGGUACUGGAGAUACAUCUCCAUCUACCGCCACCUCCAGGAGAACCCGAACGACCAGCUGUACCCGCUGUUCCAGUACUUCGAGAACUGGUGCCAGGAUGAGAACCGCCACGGCGAUUUCUUCACCGCGUGCCUCAAGGCGAGGCCGGAGUUCAUCAACGACUGGGAGGCGAAGCUCUGGGCGCGAUUCUUCUGCCUCUCCGUGUACGUCACCAUGUACCUCAACGAUCACAGCCGCACGGAGUUCUACGAGUCCAUCGGCCUCGACACGACGCAGUUUAACAUGCACGUGAUCCACCAGACGAACAAGACGACCGCGCAGAUCUUCCCGCAGGUGAUCGACACGUACAACCCGAAGUUCAAGGAGUACCUCGACAACCUCAGAGACAUCAACGUGAAGCUUUCCAAGGCGCAAUCGCCGAUGGAGAAGGCGCCGCUGAUCGCCGGGUUCGCCGCGAACCUUCUCGGCGUCGCGUUGAUGAAGCCGGUCGACUCCGGGAGCAUCGAUUUCGUCGAGGACGUCAACUCCCCGGCGUUCAUGUACUAAGCGACGACGAGACGAACGAACGAUGAGAGGUUGAGAGGUUGUUUGUGAUGAAGAGGGCGGAGGAUUAACGGAGGAGGAAGAAGCUUCGCGAGGGAGCGACGGACGACGCGAGGGACGGACGGAUGGACGUUGAUGACUGAUCUGAUCUGAUCUGAUGAUGAUUGAUUUUUUGGGGGGCGACGGUCCAGCGCGAGCGACCGUCGCCCGGGUGGCGAUUGUGAUGACGUGACUCGACGACGACGCUCGAGAGGCGCCCGCGAGGGCGCGGACCCGGGGAUGGAGUCGCGGCGUCUCGAGAAGGACGACGACGACGACGGACGGCGGCGGCGGCGGCGGAGAUCUUCCGCCGCGGUCGUCGACAGGACGUCGUCGUUCUCUUCUUCUAGCGGCGAAGCGAGGCGAGGCCUCGCGAUGGCGCGAUUGUGUUCAAUUUUAAUACCAAGUGACUGCACGCG